CUGCUGUUGCCCUGACCUACAAAUUCUGCCUGCGCAGGAUGAAAAGGGAAAUUCAUGGUCAGAACUUUGAAGCUCCACGAGAGAUUGGCAAAGGAGGUUGUGCUCUUCGGACAAAACCUGCAGAAGUUCGGCACUGCAGCCCAGCGUGCAGAAAACCGUUCUCCUACUGCACACAGAGAGGAGUCUGCGGUUGUGAGCGAGGAUAUACAGAAAUAAUGAGAUCAAAUGGUUUCCUGGAUUACUGCAUGAAGGUACCAGGUUUAGAAGAUAAGAAAGCUGAUGUUAAGACCAUUGCUGGAAAAAAUAAACCUGUCAACUCAAAAAUGCAUGACAUUUUCAAAGGAUGGUCUAUUCAACCUUUUAAUCCAGGUGAAAAACUUAAAUAUGAAUGGAAUAAAUUGUCUGUACAACGUUUCUGUAGAAGAAAGGUACAAGCUUUGUAG